UGAAGCGGCGGAGAAAACUUAUUGGGGCUGUUAGAGCUUUUCUUCGUGCUUUUAUCGGGGAAAUUGGAAGCGAAGGUGAACCGAAAGCUGUUCCGUGUGUGCGCUGCCUCCUGUCAGAACGGCGUGCGGAGCAGCGGGCUGGGGGAAGAAAAUAGCCUCAAAUCGGCGUGAGCGGCGCGCUCGGAGCGUUUCACAUCGUCCCGUUUGCGUGCGGGGCUGCCGCUGUGCUGACCGUGCCUGCUGUGCACAGCUGCGCCAUCACCUGCGGAGCUCCGGGACCGAGAGCUUCGUGUGCUGAAAGAGCGUCUGUGACCUCAGGCGGUGUGCUGAACGCGGACCAUGCCCAGCAGGAUGGGCUCGAAAGGCAAUUUGAACAAAGACAUCAUCAGGGUAAAGGCGCACUACAGUGGAGACAUCCUGAUAACUAACUUGGAUGCAUCCAUAAGCUAUGAUGAGCUUUGUGAUGAAGUGCGUGAGAUGUGUAAUCUGCAACAGGAGCAGCCAAUUACCCUCAAGUGGAUUGAUGAUGAAGGUGACCCAUGUACCGUCUCAUCUCAGAUGGAAUUGGAAGAAGCCUUCCGUUUGUAUUGCCAGAACAGAGAGGAAGGGCUGAUCGUUCAUGUUUUCCCAAGUAUUCCAGAGAAACCCGGCAUGCCUUGCCCAGGAGAAGACAAAUCAAUCUACCGACGUGGAGCCAGAAGAUGGAGGAAGCUGUACCGAGUGAAUGGGCAUUUGUUUCAAGCCAAACGUUUUAACAGAAGAGCAUACUGUGGCCAGUGCAGUGAAAGGAUAUGGGGUCUCAGCAGGCAAGGCUACAAGUGUAUCAACUGCAAAUUGUUGGUCCAUAAACGUUGUCACAUACUUGUUCCACUGACCUGCAAAAGGCAUAUGGAUUCGGUCAUGCCUUCCCAGGAACCUCAGUUAGGUGAUAAAAAUGAUGAAGUUGACCUCCCUUCAGAAGAAAAUGAUGGAAUUCCUUACAUUCCCUCAAACCGGAAGCAUGACAGCAUUAAAGAUGACUCUGAGGAUAUCAAACCAGUCAUUGAUGGAAUGGAUGGAAUUAAGAUUUCUCAGGGGCUUGGGCUACAGGACUUUGAUUUAAUCAGAGUUAUUGGACGUGGAAGCUAUGCCAAAGUUCUUCUAGUUCGGUUAAAAAAGAAUGAUCAAAUCUAUGCGAUGAAAGUAGUGAAAAAAGAAUUGGUCCACGAUGAUGAGGAUAUUGAUUGGGUACAGACAGAGAAACAUGUGUUUGAACAGGCAUCCAGCAACCCAUUCCUGGUUGGUUUACAUUCCUGCUUUCAAACAACGAGUCGAUUAUUUCUUGUCAUAGAGUAUGUAAAUGGAGGAGACCUUAUGUUUCAUAUGCAGCGGCAAAGAAAACUUCCUGAAGAACAUGCAAGGUUUUAUGCUGCUGAAAUUUGUAUUGCUCUGAACUUCCUACAUGAAAGAGGCAUAAUCUACAGAGAUUUAAAACUAGACAAUGUCCUUUUAGAUGCAGAGGGUCAUAUCAAAUUAACAGAUUAUGGCAUGUGCAAGGAAGGAUUGGGCCCUGGUGACACUACGAGCACUUUCUGUGGAACACCAAAUUACAUUGCACCAGAAAUCCUAAGGGGCGAAGAAUAUGGGUUCAGCGUGGACUGGUGGGCUCUUGGUGUAUUGAUGUUUGAAAUGAUGGCAGGAAGGUCUCCGUUUGAUAUCAUUACUGACAAUCCAGACAUGAACACUGAAGAUUACCUCUUCCAAGUUAUCCUUGAGAAGCCAAUCCGGAUUCCAAGGUUCCUUUCUGUCAAGGCCUCCCAUGUGUUAAAAGGAUUUUUAAACAAGGAUCCCAAGGAAAGGCUUGGUUGUCAGCCACAAACAGGGUUUUCUGAUAUCAAGUCUCACACGUUUUUCCGCAGCAUAGACUGGGAUCUGCUGGAAAAGAAGCAAACAACCCCUCCAUUUCAGCCUCAGAUCACAGAUGAUUAUGGUCUGGACAACUUUGAUACGCAGUUCACCAGUGAACCUGUGCAGCUAACCCCAGAUGAUGAAGAUAUAAUAAAACGAAUAGACCAGUCAGAAUUUGAAGGAUUUGAAUAUAUUAAUCCAUUGUUGCUGUCAACGGAAGAAACAGUAUGAGAGAAAGGCAUCUGUGCUGUGGACGAUGUGAAUGACCUUAAAUUUAUACUUACCUACAGUAUAUGCAUGCGAGGCUGGGAACUGUAAGAGUCUGGAUGGAGACCAAUGAUUUAAAAAAAAAAAUUGCUGCUGAAAAUCAAAGAAGAGAAUAAUGAUUCUGGUGGGUGUGUUACCACCACUGAGUUAUUCUUAAAUUCUGGGCACUGACACAACUGGCUUCAUUAAUGAAGGAAUUUGCAUUUUGUGCCUAUUUCAUGAAGGAUUGAACCACUCAUUGCAUCUCUGGGAAAGGAGUUUCUGGACAAGUUGAGAACUGCACGCUUUCUACAAACAUUUGAUGCAAUGAGUUCCAGUUGAAGAAUAUUAGUGUAACAUCCUGAAGAAUAAAAUAUAUUACGGUGGUGUUGAAGCUUA